UCAAAAUCUCUAGUAGGUUUCUUCCAUUCAUUUUGGGUUAAUCUGUAUCUUUUGACAAUAACAUUCAUUUGUCUGACAGUAUGUCAUAUUAGUUAAUUAGUUAAUUAUUCUUAAAAAAAUACUGAUUGGGAACAACAUUUCAAUAUAUUUGGACUCGGAUAUUCAGAUUGUUUUUCAUCAUUCAUUCAGUGAUGUGGAAACCAAAUUAUAUUAUGUUCAAAUUACGAUUAUAAUACGAUGGCAAUCUAGGUAGAUCAGUUAUAUUACAAGUACUGAUUUGAUAAGAUUGGCUGAACUACGGGCUCCAACCAGCAGCAAUGGAAUUUUGGAUAAAAGCGUACGUUUUAGCAUUUAUUGUGAACGUGACGUUCUGCCAGAGAUGUUACUUCUUCACCUUUCAAAACUUCUCAUAUGGUGUUCCAGCUUCGGAAUAUCUGAAUCUGACCUUGAGUGUGGUCAAGGAAAUGUACUUCAACGCAGAAGCAAUGUUGUACAAAUCAAUAAACGAUCCUUACAUCAAAUUUGAUGUAAGUUCUUCUGCCAAGAAAAAGAGUGACGAAUUUCAUCUGAGAAAGACAAUGCGAUUCUGCGACUUCGGACGACUUGCAAAGUACAACACGAUUUUCCAGAUGAUAUCGGACGCUCUGGGCAAUACUACAAAUAUUCCAUUCCGAUGCCCCUUGAAUGCCGGCCAUUAUUAUAUACGGAAUUUUCGUUUGGAAGCAUCCGUUUUUCCGUAUCAGUUGUUUUAUAGUCAAAAGGCUUCGAUCUAUUUCCAAGCCAAGGUCUACUCGAAGGAAAGGAGUAAGUUGCUUGAAGUGGUUUACACUAAUUCCAAAUUUGCAAUUGAAAAGCGGUGUUGAAGGAUGGAUUUAGUGUUUAAUGUGGUGAA